CCGGCGCCCACAGGCGGCCCAGGCCGACCGCAUUGGCGCGUUCUCGCGCGCCACAUUGUAUGCUCGUGCAAUUUCUCGGAGGAUUACGACGGGCAUCGUUCGAGCGUCGAGGUAACGCGCGUCCAUCAACCGGCACGUUUCGGAUGAAAAUAAUAGCGCUCGAGCGUCCCACGUGGAUAAGUACGCCUCGACGAUAUUUCCCGGUGCCGUGCAAGCGCUGCCACGAACGGCCAGGAGCAUUUCGUUCGCUCUGAUCGCGGAGGGGAGUAAAUAUACACGAGGUAGAGAGGAAUAAAGCGCGAGGAUGUCAGGAGCGUUUCUGAUACUUGCUGGACGAAGAUCAACGUGUAGCUGGCUUCAGCAGGGAUGUCGCGUGGCGUAUUUGUAUAAAAAUGCGACCAAAGACUUGCGUGCGCAUAGCGUGGCGCGGUACUGCGUUUCUGUGAACGGCCAAGAUAAACCUUUGUCUCAGGGAAAGGAAUAUAAAGAUGUGGAAAACAAAAGUUUACACGUUAGAUUGAAAGAAUUAGCAGAGCAAAAUCCAUUUGGAGGAAAGCACGUUAAGGGUCUGAGGAUUAAUAGAGAAGCCAUAAUCCAAAAAAGAGUGGAACGUUUGUACCCGCAAGCAAAGUCUUCUUUGUUAUCUAUUUAUGCAGUAGUAGGUCAUGAACUCGGUGAUCCAGCAGUUUUAACUUCAAGUGUUAAGAACAUUACUGCAAAUAAAACUAAGCGAUGGGAAGUUGCCUUUAAUGUUAGAUGGCCAGAAGUUAUGUCCUUUAAAGAAACUGGUAAAACCAAAGCACUCGCUUCGAAAAAUGCAGCUAUGAAAUGCUUGCAGUGGUUAGAGAUGAACAACAAAUUGAACAACGGCAAACCGAUUGUUUAUGAUAAGGAGGUAAUGAGGGACAUGCAACAUAAGCCCGUUGAAUUAAAUGUCACUCCUGAAAUGUUAAACAGUAUGUCAGACUUGAUCAAGACUUACGACACGGAAAUACGGAGUCUAGCAUUACAGCAAAGGUCUUUCAGCACUCCUCGGGUACUGCAUCAGACUAGGACUGACGUCCAUCCAAUACUUGGACCAAAUACUCACACGGACACCUUCCAUCGUAAUGAACUAUUGAAAGGAAGAUUACUGGAAAGAUCUAUCGAUGACGCCGUCACUUUACCGAUCCACGAGUUUAAAGAUGAAAUUCUCUCCAAGCUUGAGAGCAAUCGAGUUCUAUUGGUAGAAGGCGACACCGGUUGUGGCAAAACUACGCAAGUUCCUCAAUUUAUAUUCGACACUUUCGCGGGUAACGGGAAUGCCACAGAUUGCAAUAUAUUGAUAUCACAGCCACGUAGAAUCUCGGCGAUCUCUCUGGCGGAUCGCAUCGCAUACGAAAGAGCGGAGAACGUCGGGGACGUUGUGGGUUUUCAUGUGAGAUUAGAACAUCUGCUGCCGGAGCAACUCGGCACGAUGGUUUUUUGCACCACCGGUAUACUGUUGAGAAAAUUGCAGAGCAAUCCCGGUCUGGUGGGGUGCUCGCACGUCAUUUUGGACGAGGCGCACGAGCGCCAGAUCGACACCGACAUGCUCAUGAUUCUGCUCAAGAGAGCCCUGAAGAAAAAUCCUAAUUUAAAAGUGCUGAUAAUGUCGGCGACUAUAAAUACGCACAUGUUUCAACAGUAUUUCGAUUGUCCCGCUGUACGAGUACCAGGUAGACUGUACUCUGUAAAGAUGCAUUUUCUGGAAGAUAUCGAGCACCUUCCGAAUAUCCACAAGUACAGAACAUAUGUGAACUCGAGUCGUCACGAGGACGAAGAAUCUGACAAGCUUUCAGUUGAUUUUGGGAAAAUGGUACAGCUUAUAAAAUGGAUUUCUAUGCAUAAGCCGCCCGGCGCUAUUUUGUGUUUCUUGCCAGGGUGGCAUGAAAUCACGAAGGUGCAGAGUAUGCUCGAGGAUACGUCAUCCUACACCCAAAAGCAUUUGAUUUUGCCGAUGCACUCUAAAGUGUCGCACAACGAACAGCGCAAAAUCUUCAAACAUACCCCGGAGGGUGUGCGGAAAAUUAUCUUGGCCACGGACAUUGCUGAAACAGGCAUUACGGUCAGCGACGUGGUUUACGUUGUAGAUUCCGCCAUACGAAAGGAAUCGCGAUGGAACGAUAACAAAGAUUUACCUUGCAUAAGCAACCGCUGGGUCUCUCGGGCAAACGUUUUACAGAGAAAAGGGAGGGCUGGACGAGUUAAACCUGGCGAAAGUUAUCACUUAAUUUCCAAAAAAGAAUAUGAGAAAUUAGAGGCGCAUCCAGUACCGCAGUUGUUAUGCAAUCCGUUGGAGAAAGUAAUUCUUGACAGUAAAACAUAUACCGACGAGAAGGCAGAGCAAUUUCUGGGUGGAUUUUUGGAACCGCCCACAUCAGCUGCAAUACAGAAGGCACUGAGGUACUUGGUAAAUCUCGGAGCUAUGGACAAUGAGGAGAAUCUUACGGCUCUAGGCAAACGAAUAGCGCAUUUCACAACAUAUCCUAAGUUUAGUAAAGCCAUGGUAUAUUCUUCAAUCUUCAACUGUGUGCAUCCUGUGGUAACAAUAGCCAGUGUUUUCUCUAACGAGGACUCUCUUUUUUACGAUGUACUGAAUAAAAAGUCUGAGAUCAGGGAAAAUAAAAGAUUGUUCCACCCAUCCAGCGACCAUAUGGCGAUGGCUUGGUUGUUCAAGCAAUGGUACACACAUAAUGAAACAAGUCCGCACUUAAUAUUGUCAUUUUGUAGAAAGAUGAAUCUCCGACCGCUCAAAAUACAAAUACUGAGUCAGAUACGAAAUACAUUUAUCCAGCAGUUGACCGAAUGCCGCCUGUUGGACAAAGACAUGUUGUAUUACGAUUAUAGUAAAUCUAACGUCGAAGCAAAUAAAUUUGAAAAUUGCGACGAGCUGGUGCAAGCUGUAUUGUAUUCUGCUACGCAGCAAUUUAUAGAACAUCAAGAUAUGGGGUUUAAGAACGGAAUUGUGAGGAAGGGCGUUAACAAACUUCAAACACAAGGUCGUGCUACGGCUGUAAUUUCGGGGGAAAGUGUCAAUUACAAGCGAAAAGUUUGGCCGAGUUCUUUCUUGACGUAUUUUAAUGCUGCUCACUGCGAGAUGAGACGUAGCACGGUAAUUCGUGAAACAAGCAUGAUAUCACCUUUGACGGUAUUACUUUUUAGUCAACAAAGGAUUCAAUAUCACGAGUUGGAUGAUAACAGAACAGAAAUUGAGAUCAAUGUUAAUGCGCGACACACUUUAAGAUUUGCUUGUGAUAACGAAACUGCUGAUGUACUCUUGAAAUUCAGAGACAUUACGUGGACUCUUGUGCAGUACUUAUUGGAGACUCAAGGAGUCUCCGAACAUAGAAAUAAUUUUAAUUCAAAACAAAUAAUUGAGUACAAAGAGAGAGUAUUCCAAACUCUUGCAGAGCUCUUGCACAUGUCAGCUGCACCUAUAGAAAAUAUUGAAAAAGCCAAAAGAAUUUCUGUAGAUUAAAUAUGUAUAAUAGGACGAAUUUACAUAAUAAUGAUUUUGACACUGUAACACUAUUUCGGUCGACAUAGCGUUGCUUGUGAUUUAUUCUUAUUGUUAAGUACCUGUUGUAUAUAUACAUAUUGUAUAUAAGUGUGUUUGAAACAAUACCUAUGAGUAUAGAUCGACAGCUUUACGUAUAUAUAUUUAACAGAGUCUAAACAAUAAAUAAUCAACUAUUUGAAUAA